AUGAGUCUGACGAACGCCAGUCCUGAGUUUUUCCUUGCGGUUCGUCCAGACAUGUUCGGAAGCCCGCAACGCGUACUCGCUCUGGCGACCGGGACGUAUGCUGCGACUAUCUCAACAACGCCGCUACAGACCGUCAAUGGCUUUGGCGCGAGCGGUGCGUGGUGGGUGAAGGACCUCGCGCUCUUCCCUGCCGACGUGAGGCAGAACGUCAGCGAGCUCCUGCUCAACCAGACGAGUGGGCUCGGUCUCACGGACUACCGCUAUAACCUCGGUGGCGGCGGCGUGGGCGUUGGUACAUGGGACCGUGCACCCGAGACGCCGUACAUCAGCGAUGGCAACUACAACUUCAGCGCGGACGAGGCGGGCACGUUCUUCCUGAAAGAGGCUGCUCGCCAUGGCGUGCCCAUCAUCACCCUCUUCGUGAACAGCGCGCCGACGACGUUCACCAACAACUCUCAGAACUGCGGCGGUACGCUCAUCGACGACCGCAUACCGGCGUAUGGACAGUAUAUCGCGGAUGUCGUGAGCUAUUGGAAGACGCAGGGGGUCAACAUCACGCAUGUUUCGCCGAUGAACGAGCCGGACAACAACUUCGACGACGGUGACCCGACCACCUUGUGCGGCCAAGAGGGCAUGCAAGUCACCCCCGAGCAACGAGCAGCAGUCGUCUCUUCGCUACACACCGCAUUCGCGAACGCAAGCCUCAGUACGCAGAUCAUAGCCGACGAGUCGAGCAGUACCGGCAUCUUCACCGGCGACGCGCCCAUCUGGCUUUCACCUACCGUUGGCGCCGAGCUCGCGGCAGUUGCGCAUCACCAGUAUAGCUUCAGCAGUGCGAGUGCUCAAGCGAACAUGACGGCUCUUGCGAAGAGCUUAAGCGGCGGGACACCGACGUGGUUCACGGAGAUCUGCUGCUAUGCGCCUACGGAUGGCACUGGGGCAAACAACACUGACCCGCUGGCUACUAUUGGUUGGGGACAACAGUAUGACCCGACGAUGGUGGGCGGGUUGCGCAUGGGCAAUCUGGUCUAUCAGUCGCUCGUAGACGCCGGGGACGCGCACUGGGAUUGGUGGACUGCGUUGUCGAACGGAUUGGGGUCGUGCUCGCCGAGCAGUGGUGACGCUGGUUGUGAGCAUGAAGUGAACGAGGAGGGCUGGGACGAUGGCAUCAUCUACUACGACCCCGACUUCAACAGCACCGGCAACUACGACGUCAUACUGACCAAGCGCUUCUGGAUACUCAAGCACUUCGCCCGCGCAGCGCCCGUCGGUGGUUCGCUCUUGACCGUAUCAACCUCGGGCACAAAUGAGACGAGCUGGCGCGCGAUGGCGUUCACCGCGCCUGGCUCGAGCGACUUGUACGCCAUCGUGGCCAUGAACAUGCAAUGGAAUGCCAGCACACUAUCGCUCACCUUCGACGGCGCUGGUCUACCAGCCGUGAGCUCGGCGUUCCGCACGAGCGUAGACGAAGACUGGGCGGCGGUUACACUGGAUGUGGCGGACGGUGCGCUUGUGGUUGAUGCACCAGAGAUGAGCAUCUACACGAUCUUCUUCUGA